AUGGGCAAGAACCACCUCGGCAAGAACGCCCGCCUCCGCGCCAAGAAGCGCAUGCUUCGGGCAACCCAAGCCCUCCUGAACGGCACCGCCACCACCACCGACGACGAUCCCCUCGCCGGCCUCACCAACACCCAGCGCACCAAAAAGCGCGUUAGACAGGCCACCCAGCAGCGCCUCAACGGCAUCAAGAUCCGCACCCAAGCCGACGCCGCCGUCAUGAAGCACACCAUGGACCAGGCCAUCGAGGAGAACAAGGACUGGCGCCUGCGCGUCGAGACCAGAGUCGCGGCGGGCCACAAUGCCCUCCAAGACCAUGUUAAACGGGAGGGUGUGAAGAUGGAGAUUGUUGGCGCCAAGAUGGAGAUGGUCAACCAGGAUAUGGGAGAUCUGCGCCAGAAGAUCGUCGAAUUGGAGACGCAGCUGCAGCAGGUUCGCGAUGAUGGCGCCGCCCUUCGAGCUGAGUUCCAGCAGCUCCGCGAUUCCGUUGGGCGCGAGGGCGGCAGCCAGCAGGAGGGUGCCAACGAGGAGGGAUGGAAGGGGCGCCUGCGCUCUCGCAAGAAGGCUUGA